UCUUUUGCUUGUAUGAUGAUUUUUUUGUAGGUUAACGGCAUUUUACCUAGCGGACGGCAACGGGGUCUAUGGUCAUUUGAAAGUAGAUGUUACUGUCAGCAAAAUUCUUAGACGGUCGCCAGAAGUCGGCAUGAAACUAUAAAGUCUUCUCAGUGGCCAUCUACGAAGGUUUUGGGAAAGGCCACAAAUUUGUGGGAGUAAAUAUUCAAGUAAUCACUUCAUUGUACAAAACUAGAUGGCGUACUUCGAAGCAAAACAAAAUAGUUAAUGAUUCAAACAAAUAGUCUCAUGAAUGCCUAAUAGAUGGCGGUAUAUCGAAAAAAUGUUUUAAAUUGUAGAUCCUUUCGAAUAAUAUGAUUUUUUUGCCACACAUAUCAUACAAUUAAUUCAAUUCCAUUCUACCGUCUAUAAAAAACCUUAAAUGGUAUAAAACAUUUACUUACAUUUACUACCUCGAUUUACUUAAAUAAUGACCCCAUUUUCACGAUAUCAACAAAACCUUACAUACUACGUCUAAUGCUGACCAAUCACCUUGUAGGUGACACAAAACUGAAAACUGCUGACUCCACGGAUUUACUUAUAAAAUUCUGAUAUUACUUCAAUUAGAGUUCCAAAUAUACCCAGUGUAUAGCUUAUUUAUAAUUAUGUAUUUAAUAAUUAUUUUCAUUAAAAUGUCUUUCAUUACAUGUUUUAACAUUACUGAAACUACGAAUAAUAUCAAAGAUAUAUUAGUUAAAUAUAAAAAUAAGAGAUUUUCGCGAUGUACGAAUAAACUGGAAGGAUUUGUUGGAAAAACAUUGAAUUUCCUCGACAGAACGGAGAGGUACAAUGAUUUUUUAAAAUAUUUGAAUGUGAGUGAGUGUUCUGUGAGAAACGAUCUUGCUUAUGUGAGACGACAUAUUUUAAAUGGUUUGAUUAUAAAUGAAGAUCUGCCAGAAUCACAUUGGCACGAAUAUAAGACAAUUCACAAAAAAGUGUACCACACCCCUCACUACGAGAUGGCAGCACUGUCGAAAUGGCGGGAUAAUGUAAUACGAGUCGCACAACACAACAGAGAUUAUUUAGCAGGGAAACUAUCUUAUUCUCUACAUUUAAACCACUUUGCUGACAUGCACCCAUCAGAAUACUUUAGAAAGAUCCUGAAACUGGUUAAGACUGUUCCCUUGUACGACCCAACUGAAGACCGGAGGAAGUCAGCGUACAGGAGAAGUCUUAAGUGCAAAGCUCCUAAAAAGGUAGAUUGGCGCAGCAAGGGCUUCAGGCCCAGAAGAGAAGAGCAGUGGCAUUGUGGCGCUUGCUACGCGUUCGCCGUCACCCACGCCAUGCAGGCCCAGCUGUACAAGAUCCAUGGAAACGUUGGGGAACUCAGUCCCCAGCAGAUAGUAGACUGCAGCUUCAAAGAUGGUAAUAUGGGGUGUGACGGAGGGUCUCUGAGAGGGGCACUCCGAUACGCGGCCAGAGAAGGACUCAUCAUGGAAAAACAGUAUCCUUAUGUAGGAAAGAGAGGCUCUUGCAAGUACAGACGUGACUUAGUCCGCGUUCGACCAAAGAGGUGGGCUACGAUUCCAUCAGGCGAUGAAAGAGCUAUGGAGAGAGUUCUGGCUGCUGUUGGACCUCUCGCUGUUGGGAUCAAUGCUUCUCCUUACACUUUCCAACUGUACAGAAAUGGCAUUUACGACGACCCUCUCUGCACACCCUGGCAACUGAACCAUGCCAUGCUGCUCGUUGGGUACACUCCUGAAUACUGGAUAUUGCUGAACUGGUGGGGGAAGAAGUGGGGAGAAGAUGGGUAUAUGAGGAUCCGUCGGGGGUUUAACAUUUGCGGAGUCGCAAACAUGGCGACGUACGUGCAACUAUGAACAAACAACACAAUACGCAUAAUUUGUUUAUUUAGGUGCAUCUUCAUCAAGGAUUUUCAUCGGAUUGUUGCCAACCCUGUAUAUUGAGUAUAUUGUUUACGCGAAUUUAAGGCAUUGAAAUAAGACUAUAUUUCUGGUUUCAUUACGGUUUGUAACCCCGUGACUAUGAAGACUGCAAAAUCUGCAAAACACCAUGAGAAUAUCAUGACACAAAAAACUACGAUAAAAUUCGUAUAUAGUUUUAUUUCAACGUAUAUUGAGUAAUUAA